GUUCCGCUGACGAUGAGAUUCGCUGCCUGACCUCCCGUAAGUUCCAGAGGCGAGAAGCUUUAGAUGAUCGUGAUAACAAGAGUAGAGACAGAGCCGUGACAUGUAGGAAGAAAUCCAGAGUCCUCACAAUCAAGAGUGGAUGAUGGAAGAAAUUCAGAGGCCGUGGAUGGGCAUCUCACCCAUCCGAUCUUUUACCCUGUCAACCCAAUGAGCUGCGCCCAUCUUCCGGCAGACCACACACAAGCACGCACGGCUGCCGCCCACCUCGCACCGAGAGACCAGUGCUCACGCCCGGGCAUGGAUUCGCCACUGAGCCGACCGGCGCUCCUCGCCCUGUCGCUGCUCCUCCUCCUAGCGCUCUACUUCGCGCGCCGGCGCCGCGGCGGAGGCAAGAACCGGAAGUACCCACCCGUGGCCGGGACCAUGUUCCACCAGCUGCUCAACUUCGGCCGCCUGGCGGAGUACCACACCGAGCUCUCCCGCAGGUAUCGCACCUUCCGCAUGCUCACCCCGACCUGCAACUACGUCUACACCGUCGAGCCCGCCAACGUGGAGUACAUCCUCAAGACCAACUUCGCCAACUACGGCAAGGGGGUGAUGACCCACGACGUGCUGGAGGACCUCCUCGGCGACGGCAUCUUCAACGUGGACGGCGCUAAGUGGCGUCACCAGCGGAAGGUCGCCAGCCUCGAGUUCUCCACCCGGAUGCUGCGCGACUACAGCAGCGCCGUGUUCCGCGACACGGCCGCGGAGCUCGCGGGCAUCGUGGCCGCCCGCGCCGGGGAGAGGGUAGACAUCCAGGACCUGUUGAUGCGGUCCACGCUGGACUCAAUCUUCAAGGUCGGGUUCGGGGUCAACCUGGGCGCUCUGUCCGGGUCCAGCGAGAAGGGCGCGGCGUUCGCCAGGGCGUUCGACGACGCCAGCGAGCAGGUGCUGUACCGCUUCUUCGACCUGUUCUGGAAGGCCAAGAAACUCCUCAACGUUUCGUCGGAGGCGGCCAUGAAGCGCUCGGUCCGCACCAUCGAUGACUUCGUAUACGCCGUCAUCGACAGGAAGAUCGAGCUGAUGCGCAGAGACCAACAAGAAUUCGCGAAGAAAGAGGACAUCUUGUCGAGGUUUCUGCUCGAGAGGGAGCGAGAUCCCGGCUGCUUCGACAACAAGUACCUGCGGGACAUCAUCCUCAACUUCGUGAUCGCCGGCCGCGACACAACGGCAGGGACUCUGUCGUGGUUCCUCUACGUGCUCUGCAGGGACCAGCGCGUCCAGGACAGGAUCGCGCGGGAGGUGCGCACCGCCACCACGGGCGACCGCGACGUCGGCGCCCAGGAGUUCGCUGCGUGCCUGACCGAGGACGCCAUCAGCAAGAUGCAGUACCUGCACGCAGCGCUGACGGAGACCCUCCGGCUGUACCCUGCUGUUCCCAUCGAUGUGAAGUACUGCUUUUCGGAUGACACGUUGCCGGACGGCUACGCGAUCAAGAAAGGGGACAUGGUGAACUACCAGCCGUACCCCAUGGGCAGGAUGAUGUUCCUGUGGGGCGCGGACGCCGAGGAGUUCAGGCCGGAGAGGUGGCUCGACGACGACGGCGUGUUCGUCCCCGAGAGCCCCUUCAAGUUCACGGCUUUCCAGGCGGGCCCUCGCAUCUGCUUGGGAAAGGAGUUUGCGUACAGGCAGAUGAAGAUCUUCGCGGCUGUGCUUCUCUACUCUUUCAGAUUUCAGAUGUGGGAUGACAACGCCACCGUCGGUUACCGGCCUAUGCUCACGCUCAAAAUGGAUGGCCCGCUCUAUGUUCGUGCGUCGCUUCGAUCAUAGACUGGGCCGGGCGGCGUGCCAGAAGGUCAAAAGUCUUUGCAUGUUCCACCCUCUUUACAUCUGAAAAUAGGAUUUCAAGAUGCGAUAUUUCUAUCUUUGUAUCAUCGAUAGCGUGGGUUCAGUUAUUGUGCAUAUUAUUUACUAUCUUAGUAAUCGUCCAAAAAAGAGCCUCCAUGUUCACUCAAGGCCUAGAAUUUACCAUGUUAAUCGGUGAAAAAUAAAAGAUCCAAACCUUUUAAUGUUGUGGGUACAGAUUAUAACGAUUUGAUCAAUUAUCAUAUUAUAUUA